AUGAGCAAGGCUUUGGGCCAGCGGAACCUUAAAAUCCGGCUUGACUUUGAGCCUACUUAUAUUUCCGGUGUUGCUCAAGACCCCUGUAUUAUAACCAACAGCUCUUCGUCUUACAAUCUUUAUGACUCUAGCUCUGCCCUGGUCCUGCCUCUGACUCUGGCCCUGGUCCUGCCUCUGACUCUGGCCCAGCACACAAAUCUUAGGGCAGAUCCUGUCAGUAAUUACACCUCUUGGAAUCAACAAAGCUACCUGGAGCCUCAGAAACCACCAUCCUGGGAAUUUUUACAGGUACCAGAACCUGGUGCCCGAGGGCUUUGGAGGCCUUCAAAAGUUGAAGAAAAAUCUAUGGGCUUCUCUGAUACAUUGCCACGAGGCCAGUGUCUCCUCAACAACUGGGAGGAAGAGAGAGCCACCAAUCAUCUGGAUCGAGUCCCAAACAUGCAGGAUGGCUCUGAGAGUUUCUUUUUUCGACAUGGACACCGAGGACUUCUGACUCUGCAGCUGCAGUCGACUAUGUCCUCCAGUACCACCCAGAAAGACUCCUACCAGCCCCCAGAAACACUCUGUCAGCCACUUCGAGGGAAGCGGGAAGCCAUGCUGGAGAUUCUUCUGCACCACCAGAUCUGUAAAGAGGUGCAGGCAGAGCAGGAACACACAAGGAAGCUCUUUGAGACUGAGUCUGUGACACACCAUGACUACCGAAAGGAGCUGGUGCAACCAAAGCCACCUGCCCCUACCAAGUCUCAUGACUACCAUCGGGAGCAACCUGAAACCUUCUGGCUACAAAGGGCAUCAAGGCUACCAGGUGUCAGUUAUAUCAAGACACUGGACACACCAUUCAGGAGGAACUGCAGCUUCACAACACCAGUGCCCUUGUCCCUGGGGCAGCCUUUGCCCUAUGAACCUCAGAAUUACUCCCACCAACUGGGAGAAAUGUCUUCCCUUUCCUGCCAGGAGGGAGGGCAGUGUGAUACAGGGAGGAGAACUACUCUUAGCUAA